GCCAAAGGGAUGUGAAAUGCGUCGUAUCCAUGGACGGGAACGAAACCAUCGUCUCAUCAAAGACAGGUCAGGUCAAUCGCUUCCGCUAUGAUCAUUGCUUCUGGUCAUUUGACAAGGUCAAAGGUCAAUACUCUGCCCAGGAGAAUGUGUAUGAAAGAGUCGGGAGACCGCUGCUAGACAGUGCUUUUGAAGGGUACAAUACGUGUAUGUUUGCAUACGGGCAGACUGGUUCCGGGAAAUCAUAUACUAUCAUGGGAUACAACAAAGAGACGGGAAUCAUUCCAAGAUUCUGCCGAGAGCUUUUCAGACGAGUUGAUGCUCACCAAGAAGAAAGGGCCAAGUUUACGAUUGAGAUAAGUUUCUUUGAGAUCUACAAUGAGAAGAUUCAUGAUCUACUGGCGUCGUCUUCAGACGCUGAUAAAGACGUCGGCAAGAAGCGAGCAGCACUGAAAGUCAGAGAGCAUCCGGUUCAGGGUCCGUAUGUUGAAGGAUUGUCAACGUUUGUCGCAAAUUCUUACGGAGACAUACACAGCUGGAUUGCGCUUGGUAAUAAACAACGGGCGACCGCAGCAACGGGAAUGAACGACAAAUCCAGUCGCUCUCAUUCUGUCUUUACUAUCGUGAUGACCAAAACAAAGGCUGAGUUGAUCGAAGGGGAUGAGCAUACCCACAAUGUUACCAGUAAGAUUAAUCUAGUUGACCUAGCAGGAAGUGAAAGGUGUACAUCGGCUCAGACUACUGGAGACAGACUCAAGGAAGGAGCGAAUAUAAAUCGAUCUCUGAUGACUCUGGGGAAGGUCAUAUCCCAGCUAGCGGAGAAGUCUGUGAAUAGACGGAAGAAGUUCUUCAUUCCAUACCGAGACAGCAUCCUGACCUGGCUUUUGAAGGAGAGCUUAGGGGGAAACGCUAAGACAGCCAUGAUUGCUACUAUCAGCCCAUCAAGCUUGCACGUUGAAGAAACAUUGAGUACACUACGCUAUGCUAAACAAGCAAGAUCUAUCAUUAAUAUUGCCAAGGUCAAUGAGGAUCCUAAUGCUAGACUUAUCAGAGAACUGAGAGCAGAGAUCACACGUUUACGCGGUCAAGGGUUCACAACGCCAACCCGAUCCCGCCUGCCCUCCCAGAACACUCCGAAAGACGUGGAGAAAAUCGCCCACACAGAAGCCAUCAAGGAGUCAUUGGCCGAGAUUGCCGAACUGAGGAGGAAGUUGACUGAGUCUGAGCAUCAUAUGAAGGAAGCAGAGGGGUCUUGGAAGCAGAGACUGAAGGAGAGUGAGAUGAGACGAGUCAAUGAAAUCAGGGAGAUGGAGAAAUCUGGGGUCACUUUCAAGGUUGACAACACUCUCCCUAACCUGGUCAAUCUCAAUGAAGACCCACAGCUGUCUGAAGUGCUACUGUAUGUCUUAAGAGAGGGACAGACCAGGCUAGGAAAGACGGACGGACACUCGUGUCAUCAGAUACAGCUUUCUGGAGCUCUGGUCGAGGAUGAUCACUGUUUAAUAUCCAACAAAGAGGGCGCUGUAACGGUUAAACCAGUCGGCGAUGCGCAGACCUUUAUCAAUGGUAGUCUUAUAUCAAGUCGUCAUACCCUUAAACAUGGUGAUCGGGUAGUUAUUGGUGACCACUACUUCAGAUUCAACCAUCCACAGCAAGUUCACGAUGGGUCCCGGUCAUGCGAGAGUUCCGUCGGGGCAGUGGACUUUGAGUUCGCUAGGAACGAGCUGGUCGCAGCCCAAAGUGCAAGGCUGGAGGCAGAGCUGGAAGAGGAACGGCUGAAAAACCAUCAAGAGAAAAUUGCAGGAAUCAGACGAGCUCAGGAAGCAGCACAACUUGAACUGUCUGAACAGAGAAAACAGUACGAGUCCAAAAUACAGCAACUUUGUAUGCAGCUGGAUCAGCAGCUGGAGCAACAGGAGAACUCAGACCAUAAUAGAGAGGACACUGAGAGACAGAUACAAGAACUCAAUGUACAGAAUAAGAUGUUGGAGAGUCAGUUAUCAAGCAGCAGGCGUCGGCUACAGCUAGAAGUUCAAGCAGUCCAGCACGAUCUCAAGGAGACGGAGGCUUAUCAGUCGCACAUCUUCCAUGAGUUGGAGAUUGAGAAGAGGAAAGCAGAGACCGAGAUGGACAAGAUGAGAUGGGCUAAGGAGAGCAAGGAGGAGGCCAGGAAGAAAGGAGUGGCACAGCUAGCUUCUACAACCAAGAGUAGGAGAGGUCUGCUGCAGCUUUCCAUGUGGCUUCAAGAAGCUAACAAUAUCAGUAAGAAACUGAACAAGCACACUGUUUUCAAUCGCCAAGAUGCAUCAUCGAGUAAUGGCGCCAGUAGCUCGGCAGGUCUUCAAAUCAAGGUGACCAAUAAUCGUCUUGGAAUCGUCACCUUCUGGUCUCUGGAUAAAUUUGAAGACAAACUCCUGCAGAUGAGAGAACUGUUCAAGUAUGCUGAGAGGGGAAGACACACAAGCGAUGAUGAUGUCUUCUACAAUUCGAAUGACGACUGGGAGAAAGACUACAAGAUUGACUCGCCACUGACCCCAUUCAAAAGGUGUUUUGGUGGAUCCUCUACCCCGAGUCGCUGGACCAGCGGAGGUAGCAGUGUCUCAUCCAGACCUGGGUCUAAUAGCAGCUUUGGGAGUGCAACCAACAGGAAUGACUCGGUCAAUGGAGGUAGUAACCUCACAAACCUCUGUAGGAGGCUCCUCCAAACCUCACUCAUGACGCCUCCGAGAGGCUACACAGAGACCAUGCCUGACCGUAUCAUGUCCAACAUGCAGAUGAUCAAGACCUCUGUGACUGGUAUACAAGACGCCUGUAGAGCAAGGAAUGAAGCGUUGAAUGGAUCAGGUGAUCUCACCAGCGCCUCAAGUGUCGACAACCUCCUCCUCCAAGCCACAACCUCCAUGGAAUUUCUGAGGAAUCUCAUCCCCUUGUGGGAUUUCAAUUCUUACCAGAAAAAAAGAAAUCUAAAUGCUGAGGAUCAGUCGCACAAAGACAUCAAGGAGCAGCUGAUUGAAACAGCAAGAAAGAUGACAGGUCACUUGAUGAAAGUGUUACAGGGUUAUGAGGGGGACAUUGAUAGCAUGAUUGCUGAAGGAACCACCCAGAUCCACCAGUGCCUGAUCUUCCUUGCUAAGCUGAUUGGUGAGGUCUCCAUGAUGAUGGGCCAGGAGGAACUCGUCAUGUUCAGGGAAGAGAACGGUCAAAUGGAAGACACUGCUGUGGGUCAUGAAUUGAAGCAAGGUUUCCUGAACGGUGCUGAUGUCUUAAUUGAUAAGACCCUACAGCGAGGUCUGAAUGCAGUGACUAGCUGCGAGGCUGCUCUACAAGUUACCCUCGGACCGGACAGCAACAUGUCUCAGUUUGCAGACGGUGCCCUGCAACAUUGCCUCACGACGACCACAUCGGUGAAGAUUCUUCUUCACAAAUGCCAGGAUAUCCAGUUUGAGUUGGCCAGCGUGCUGGACGGCCGAGACAGACGGUCAGUCAGUGCCUACGGCCAGAGCUAUCGAAGGGCCGGGAGCAUGAUCAGACAGACGGAGGACUUGACCAGCGCCAUGUGUGCCAUCAAUAGAAUCAUGGGUCCGCUGGAGUCAGGUGAUGAAAUCGAUUGGGACCAACUCUCCAAUAACCUCGAGGCCCUUCUUCAGUUGUCCUCCGACCUGACCUUGACCUCAUCUUCCUGUAGCAUCCUGCCGACACCGAGUUGCAGCGAUUGCUCCUACGCAUCAGUGGAGUCGGCGGCUUCGUCGAACACCUUGGCCUGUCGGCCAAACCAUUUGGUGUCCCUUGCUGGGCAGCAGCUUCUUCAGUCCCUGGCGAGAUUCAAAGAGUUCCUGAAGAGCGAGGAAAGUCUUGGGAGGAGCGUUGAAGAAGAGGAUAGCGUAGGUACUCAGAUAAAUUAAAAGUUUUAAGAUUGUAGGAUAUUUAUUCACAUUGUUAUUUUCUUCUGGGUCUAGAAUAAGGGAGAACAAGGGGCCAGCAAAAAAAAAUGUUCAGAAAUUACUGGAGUUGUCGACAUAGCUUGGCUGCCUUCUUAACUUGAGCUUAGCCGUCAUCCUCUAACCACUUUACAAAUAUCUUUACCUAGACCCAAUUUCAUAAAGCUAGCAAAAUUCCUAAGCAAAAUAUUGAGUGGGUCACCAGUUUGAUCAAUGUUAACCUUAUGGAAUCUAGGCUGGUAAUCAGUUUCUGUUAAGCAAGAUUAUUAAGCAUUUAGGUACGCUAUUCAUGGUAAAACCAUAUCACAGCAUUUACAAAG